UGUUUUGUAUUUUGUAUAGUAGUAGAGAUAUUGGACCUGUCCGAUGGUACCAUACUUGAUGGCUUGGCAUCUGCUGGCCCGUCCGAUAAGCAUGCUCAUGCGCUACCGUUUUCUUUCCCAGUUGUAUUUUGGCUAUUAGCACGUACGGUGUUGCGCCCGCGCUUUGAGAUUAAGCCAAGUGUGAAACACAUAUGUGUAAGCUCAACCUUACUUUAUAUAUACUUAAUUUAAAGUUGGUGCCUAAGAAACUUUCGUCGCAUUUCGCACGAAAGCGAAAGUUGCGUUUAUAAAGGAGUUUAUUUCUUGGUGCUCACGAAACAAAGUACUAAUCAACAAAGUAAAGGCAGAGCACUGUGAACAAAAACAUUUAUAUUUUUUAAGAGCAACCAAAACCCAAAAGCGUGUAAAAUCAACGGCCACAAAGCGGGUCAACAGCAAUCUUCGUUUCAAUUUCCGUUCUGAUCGUCGUGCAAAGAUGCCAGCAGCCAGCUCACAUUCACGUCUGUUCUUCUAUUUACUGUGCGCUGCCUCGCUCCUAGCCGUUUCCAAGUCGGAUGCCGGUAGUACAAAGAACUCAUACUUUAUUUCAUACUUUUACUAUUUGGUUAUUAACUUUAUAAAUCCUUUCGCAAUGCCGAUAUUUUAUCGAUUUGUAAAUAUAUUGCCAUUACCACCACCAACUGAAGAUUUGGCCUACGAUGCAGCUAUACAGCUAGGCUUACUUAACCAUCGUCUUAAUUUACUAAGACAUGAGGAAGAAUCCAGGCAAUUAAGUUUACCAAACAUAACAUUGGGGAACAUCGUGAACCGCAUACCCUGCAAUUGUGACAAUGGGUUGUGCAAGUGCUGUGCUGGUUUCCUUUCAGUUAUUGGAUUAAACAGUUGCACAGAAGUGGCAUAUCGUCCCGAAGAAUUUUCGUUCGAGUUGCGAAUGCGCGUUAACAACAAUAUUUGGUUCCGACAAAAGGUCUCUGGCCAGAAUCCCCCUCCAUUCUGCUUCCGGCCGCCACGUUUUAAUUUUGCUAAGGCCUGUAUUCAAUUUCAUGAUAUAUGGUUUGUCGGGCGUAAUAUGCACGUUUGCAUGUAUAUGUCAGGAGAGUUUCAGGGCUUUGAGCUAUUUGAAAGAAACUUUGACUGUCUCUUGUUUGGAGACCACGGAGUUAAAAUUGUUCCUCCCGAGCAAGGUUAUCCUGUGAAACCGAACGAUGUCGAUAUUGAUGAUGGAGACGAUGAGAUUGAGGACUACGAUGAGAAUGUAGUUCGCAGUUUGGCAGAAAAGAUGGUCAAAUGAAUAUUAAAGACUUACUUAUUAAUAAAUAUAUUAUUUAUUUCAAAAGGAAUCACCAAAUCAGUUUAUAAAGUAAAAUCCCUUUUUUAUAUAUAAUAAAUC